AUGGACGGACCGUCGUCCUCUUCGGACCUAGCACCUGCGAAACGUCAACUUCCGUCGAGAACGAGGCGUGCGACGGCGGGAGUGGUGGGCUCUGAGGUUGAUAAACAGAUUCUGGAGGCUUACAAGUACAAGGAUUCGGCCCAACUUCUACCCCCCGCGAACCCUUUUCUUCUGAGCACAAACUCUGCUGUGGCCGAGUCAUCCAAGGAGGAAGGCCGUCUCGUCAACACAGUCGUCAAUGAACAGUACUUUCGCCGGCCAGAGGUCAUCAAGGCAUACAGAGAACAGUCCCUGAUUCAGACACCUGGGGUCGUCAAGCUAGAGGCUCCUGAAUCAGGGACGAGGUUGCGAGUCAGAGAUUACGACAAGGACAAUGUAUCCAGCGGAGACGACGCCUACAUAAAACGGCACAAGAAGUAUGUUGCGUUUGAAAAGCGAAUGCGGUUAAGGGAGAAGGAGAAGCUGCAAUAUGAACACCACAAAUUGAAGGAACGGAUAGAGCAGCUCCGUUCCAUGGAUAGCUCCGCCUUCUUGGGUCUUCCGGCACACUACUUUAGCACUCCUCCCAACACGGCAGCACUCAAUAACCUCACAAAAGAUGGCAUUCAUGGCAAUCCAGCUGCGAUUCAUGAGGGAGAGCGGCGUCGAGCAGAGUUUAUUGAAGCGGCGAAUGCACUCGACGAGCGGUACCGGACAUUGCUACCCCCAGAGCGGGUGACAAAGAAGAGCGCUCGCCCUCCAGAAGAUAUUCCGAUACCCGAACCACCAGCGGAAGAGCAAACUUCCUCACCAGCUCCGACGGAGCCACUCAAACUCAAACUGCCCAAAGCUGGGUCAUCCUCCUCCGCCUCGACGCGUUCUCCAUCCUACGUUCAGCCAACUAGUGCCCCUCCGGCUGCCAAGAAGCAAAAGCUCAACAGUGGGGCCAAGGAGCCCAGGGAGUCCAAAGAGCCUUCAGCCCCGCGACAGCGAAAACAAUCGAACUUCGUCCCCGGCUUCCAGCCUCCACUGCCUGCUGUUCACCCAAGUCAUACGGACGUACCUAUCGACCCUGUCAUUCAAGAGCCCAAGCAUGAGGUUUCCGAGCGUAUAUCAAAUCUCAGAACGCCCUUGCCAGAAGCUCGAAUCCUUUCACUUCCGCAGCCAACUGCUCCGACACCGCCCCCACCUCGUCCAACCUCCCCACCACCUCCCGUUCCAGACCAAGAGCAACUGGGAAAUAUUCAUAUUCAAACUCAACCAGGGCCUCGACCAAUGUCGUAUCCGGAAUAUACAGAAGGGGAGUCAAUUUCGACCGCCAGGCCUGUUAAACGGGCCAAAAAGACCAAGGCAUCGCGUAAUUCGAUGUCCCGUGCACCUUCCUUGCCCCGCAUAGAAGCCAUCGACUCGGAAGGGAACCACGUAGCCCCCAGCGCGGCUGAAACUCAAGAGCCUCCUGUAACCCAACACGAACACGAGCAUGGACGUGAACCUCACCGUGACAGCCCUGCCGUGUCCACCUCUGUCCCCGUCUCUGCCCCCAAAUCCGCCAGAACACGACCCAAAGCCAAGCAGCGCGACUGUAUCCUCGUCCAGACUGCCCGUUUAAAGGUCAGCUUGAGGGAGAAACCUCAACGCAGUGUGAUGGCGUUCGGUGCCAAAUUGCCUCUUACCUUCAAGGACGACUACGAGUAUGCUCUGCCUGGAUAUGUCUUUGAGAAGAAGUACCCUAGGACGUUUAUGGAGCCUGAUGGGGAGUCGGCGGAUGAGGAGGAGGAAGUGGACCAGUUGGUGGAGAGCAAGCAACCAUCGGAAGCAGGUGAUGUGGUGCGGAUGGUAGGGACUGAGCCGCCAGAUUUACGAGUCGUACACGGUAACGAAGGGGGUGAGUAUGAGGACAUGCAAGAAGAGGUCCAUACUUCACGACCGCCUUCACCUCCGGCACCUUCUCCUUCACCCUCCCUUACCGAAUUGAAGGACGUCGAGAGUGGAUCCGAAGCACACAGGAUGGAGCAGUAA